AUGGCCUGGCAACCUCUGACGGUCUCCGUGGGGAGGUCGGUCCCAAAUACUGAUGGCUGUGAGCCAGACGUUGUUGAAUCUUCGAAGGUAUUGAGUCCAUUUGACCGUCAAAAGGCCUUCGUCCUCAUUGUCGGCGGCGGCGUAGCAUCGCAUUGGGCUUCUAUAUGGAUAUUUGAGGCGAAGGCAGACAUUUUCUCAGUAGAACUGACUGCAGUGGAAGACACGACUGGCUACCGGUGGCGCCGGGCUCGUGGCAAGAUGCGCCAUUUGCUGUCCUCCAGUUCCAGAUGCAUCGGUGCAACAUCAAACACGACACGAGCUUUGAUCGAAUCGACAGCAACAUCAACUGGCUGGCCCUUUCCAGCUGGUUUUGCUAGGGAAGCCGGCGUCAGCCGGGUGCAAGACGACGACAGCGAGUACGAUUGCUUUUUGCCUUGCACGGAUUCUCGAGCUAUGCUGAUUGCGAAAGCUGCGGAAGCGGUGGACUACAUUUGCAGGAGGGCUUCCGCCGAUUCUUGCAUGGCAGAAAAACGUGACCGUGUCCGAGACUGCAUCGUCAACUUUAUUACCAACGGGGGAGGGUCCAAUUACAUCAUGACAGGAGCCGUUGAAUCUGAGAGAAGGAGCGGAGUGAUCGAGAUUGAAAGCACGACACCCUUUCAACUCUACCACCGCUCGCAGCAAGUGUCACUCCACGGAUCAUUCUACGAUCUUCUCUUUCACAACUGCCAGCUAUACAUACUCCAGCUGAUGCACGACAAGUACAAGGUGGAAUUCUCGCAGCUGCCACAGGCCGUAGGAAGUGUUGCAGCCGGUCCACUCAUGCUCUCGUUAGAGGUUAUCUUCAUGGCUGUGUUUGCAGGGGUCGAGCAGCUUGACCCUCGGCUAGCUGUGCUUAUUGGCAUCCUGUGGGUGAUGGCAGAGAUGCACUGCACAUACAGGUACGAUGGCAAAGACGGAUUUUGGAUUGGAGCCUUUGCAACACUUCUGAUCUUGCUUUAUGCUCAGUUUGACAAAACUCACUCGCUGGUGAACACCAUUCCAGUGCUCAGUUUGUUGUGGGACGUGUGCAUGGUGAAGGAGGCGAUGCUUGUCAAUAAGGUCUAUAAGAGCGAGUGGCUAAUCCUGCUGAACGCAUUCUCGGUGCUUUUAGCUUUGGGUGUGGUUUGUCUCCUGCAAUUGCUUCGUGGAUGGCCUGUUUUGGACCUCGUUAUUUCAGGUGCGCUUCUGCCAGUUCUGCUUAUGUGUCGGUAUUGUUUUGCGGUGUUCUGUCAUGGCGAUGUUUUGGUUGACGCGCUGAAAGUUCUCUUCCAGCUCGAAGGGCCAUAA